GCAGUUUCAUCAACCAAUUCCAAGCGCAUGCGUGAAAUUUCAGAGGUAAUUGCACAUUGAAGAUGGGGAUUCUGUGAAGGCAUGUUCACCACUUUCGAAUUGGAAGAAAAUGUUACAAUAUGCAAAAGAGAAUUUUACAGUUAAAUAAGGACAAAACCCUUUGAUAAUAGUACUGAACAAAAAUUGUCGAAAUGAUCAAAACACGGAGAAUAAUACAGAUAGUGCAGUAUUCGUUGAUGCAAAUUAUGUUACCAAACGAUGUGUUUGCAUCGAAUUCCACAGAUGUCGCCACCAACACAUUCCUUUCGAACGAUAUGCUCACCGGAUUGCUGGCCGGAUUCGGAUUUUUUAUUGGACUUAUCGCAUUGAUUUGCAUAUGUUGGUGUUGUUGCUGUGGUAAUGGCUGUAGUAAAUCAGAGACAGUCAAACGAAGGGUGGGUCCAUCCCCACCCCCGUGGAGAUCACGACCUAAUACCCGCGCCACCACCGCCAAUACAGUCUCCACAAGGAUCACAACGGCACCACCAAGCAGACGAGCAUAAUAUGACGUGAUGACAUUCUGCACAUAUGAACAACUUAAUCAAAUCAAUACACAGUAUUAAGAGGGAAAUGAAAACAUUAAUAAUGAACCUCAAAAGAGACUAACAAAAUUGCAUUGUGGUUGUAUUUUAUAUGCAUAUGGUUUAAAUUGUUGAAGUUAUUUGUGUAUAUAUAAUUGAUGUGAAUUGAAUUCGUGAUUAAAGUCAUCGUAUUUAUCUUUGG